UCUGAUCAUUACGUCUAGCGGGUCCUGAGUCGUACCUGGGGCCACGGUGACCAUGGAUACGGAGUGUGGCGAGGGGGCUUGGCGCCACGAUGCGGCGGCGGCAGCAGCGACCAUGCGUAGGGGGAGCUGCGACGACUCGGCGGUGUCCCUCCGACCGCACCUUCGAACCCUGGCUCACAGACGACGCUCCGCGCCUGCCCUGGCCUUCGAGAGGGCCCUGGGAAUGCCCUGGUCUCCAAUCAGGGAGGAGGCGUCCUGCUGGUCCAGCCUGGACCAGUGUCCCUUUGUCCUGGGCCUCAGCAGUGAGAACGGGGAGCUGCUGCUGGACCAGCUCGUCCAGGUCACCGAGGGCAACCAGACCAAGGAGAGACACCUGUUCCUCUUCAACGACGUACUCGUCUUCGCUAAGCUGAAGUCAAGCGCCAGCUACCGUCUGAAGCACAGGGUGAUGCUGGAAGACAUCUGGGUCUACAGCUUUGACGAUGAUGACGAUGACGAGGAUGAUGAAGAGGCCGGAGGGGAUGUGGACCUCAGGGUCACUCUGGUGUUGGCCUGGGCGCCCACUUACUGCAUCGUCUCUUUCUGCUCACCGGGAGUGAAGGAGCGUUGGCGGGCCACCCUGCACAGGAAGAUUAUUGAGGCCAGAGCCACGUCUGGCGUUACCGCGCCAACACCACACGCACUCAUGAAGGUGUUGAGUGGAACCGUCACGAACAAAACUCUAACAGGAGUUGGCAUGGAGCCUUUUAUUGAGUUUCAAUCUGAGGCCGACCUCAAACAGCCCGCCCCGGGCAAGCCUCCCGCCAUCCUGGAAGACAGAUUAACCCAGCCAAUCGAAAAUUCCGGUAAAUGGAACAUUAUACGCAGAGUGAUGAAGGGCUUGUCCAGACAGGAGCUGGACUCUGGGGCCCAGCUGUUUGGACAGCCCCUGUCCAAGAUAUGCCCAGACAACUUCUCUCUUCCCAAGCCACUCACUGACAUGCUGGUGCUGCUGAGGAGUAAGGCCCCAUCCACGGAGGGGGUUUUCCGCAAGCCGGGCAACACCCGGGUCACCAGGGAGCUCCGGGAGCAGCUGGACGCGGGCCAGGAGGUUGACCUUGAGGGGCUGCCCGUGGUGCUCCUGGUGGCGCUGCUCAAGUGUUUUCUGAAGGAGCUGCCGGGAAGCCUGCUGGUGUCUGACCUGUACGUCCCCUGGGUGAAGGCUCUGGAUUCGGACGAGGGCCGACAGCGGUCUUCACAGAUCAAGAGGGUUCUGUGCCAGCUCCCUGUGCACAACCGGCUGCUCCUGCAGCAGCUGCUCAGCGUUCUCCACCACGUCCUGGAGCAGUCAGACACCAACAAGAUGGACGCCCACAACCUGGCCGUCUGCACCGCGCCCACGCUGCUGCAGCUCAAUGCCACCCCUCUGGAGGAGCAGAAAGAGAGGCUAGAGAAGGUGACAGAGCUCACGCAGUACCUCAUUGAGCACAGCUGCGAGCUGCUGGGAGAGAAUGUUCUUCGUCCUCUGGGGGACACCGAAGAGGACAACUCUGACGCCCUGAGCUCUCAGCUGCACGACUCUGCGUACGACAGCACCGACCCGGAGGCGGAGGCCGACCUGGCCGAGGGCGCGGGCUCCGUCGCGGGUUCGUCCCGAUCACUGCCUGGCUUCGCCACCAGCACCGCUUCCAGCCUCCCUUCCUGCUCCUCCGAGGCCUUCGCCAAGCCCACCUUCAACCGCCGCUGCUCCGAGCCCAUCCUCAAAGCCCUCCGCCCCCCCUGGGAGGCCACCCCCAGGGCCGGUCUGAGCGGCCUGGCGAGGAGCCAAGACGACUGCUCCCUGGAGAGCAGGGGUGGCUACGAGCAGCACCCACUGAAGAAGCAGAUCUCCGACGACUCGGUCUCGAUCCGGACGCCCGCCGAUCCAGCAGCUCCCGCACUCGUGGAAGGCGUCGCCCCCUUGUGGAAAGACUUGCACUCCUCCACCGGCUCUAUCGAGAGCGCCGCCUCAAACCAAUCGGAGGGCUCGGUUUUCAGCAACUCCCCGCCGCCGUCCCCCACGUGCCAGCGCAAGUGGUCCUCAAUCCGCCAGCCCCGGUGGGGUGCGACACCCAGGACGGACGGCGGCCCGGUCCCGGACUCAGAGGGGAAGCGCAGGACUCAGUCCAUGAAGCUGGGCGGGAAGGACUGUGGGAAGACGCUGAAGAAAGCGGCUGGCUUCUCCUUCCGCAAGAACAGCCUGAAGGCCGCUCACGAGGCUCCCAGGGACACGGCCUUCACCUGCGGGACGCUCCGCAAGGACUCUCAGCCCGGGUCCCUGCGCCGGCCACGCCCCCUGUCGGCCAUUGAGGUCUUCCAGCUAACCUGCCACCCCCCGUCCUACGAGCAGGCGGUGCAGAGCGCCGGCCCGCCCACUGCUCCACACCGCCCCCCGCUGACGGUGCAGGACGCCCAGAGGGAGCAGGUCUGGAGGGCGCCGCGACGCCCGGCCUCCAUGAGCGACGACUUCCUGUCCAGCUCUCCGGUCAACCGGUAUGCGGACUGCUUCCCCUCGGCCCCGUCGGCAGAGGAGGUCCGGGACGAGGCAGGGGAGCGCCGGCGGCCCUUCCGCCAGAGGGCCACGUCGGAGUCGGCAUACCGGGCCCGCCUGUUGGCGGCGGCGCAGAGCUGCAGCCAGCCCGCCUUCGAAGAGUAUUCCUACGCCAAGGAGUCCUACAUUUGAAGAGUAUUCCUACGCCAAGGAGUCCUACAUUUGAAGAGUAUUCCUACGCCAAGGAGUCCUACAUUUGAAGAGUAUUCCUAUGCCAAGGAGUCCUACAUUUGAAGAGUAUUCCUACGCCAAGGAGUCCUACAUUUGAGGACCUGUUUUGUGAUCAAUUUUCUUCUCCCGUUUCCCCCUUUAUCAACUUCCUCUUUCCCCUGGAAUGUAUUCCACAUACGUGCAACCGUUUUAAAGGUUGGAUGCUCACUGUAGUACGAUUUAGAGUACAAUUACAAUUUAAGAGAAAGAAAGGUUAUUGGAGGUUGCUAGUCCGUCAUUGAAAAGCUAUGUAAAUAAACACAAAAUUAUUUUUUCUUAAAUAUUUUCACUUUCACUUCUCUGCUAUGCUAUUUGUUGUUAUUUUUCAUGUAGUAAAUCUAGGAGAUUCUGAGAACUGUGCGUAAUUCAAUCAUUCAAUCUCUUUUGUACAUUUUGUGUUAUCUUAACUUCACAUCAUUCUCACUUUCACUACAUUAAAGCACCUUUAUAACAGUAUACAGUGUUUCAUUCUUUUUGGAGUUAUCCAGGGGUGCACAUUCAGUGUGGCAGACUGAGGUGACCAACUGAAACAAAUAUUGCAAUAGGACACACAAUACCUUAGCUACUACAUGGUCAUUUUACAAGUCGAUAUAAGGCCAUGGUGUCUAUGGUUUCCACUUUGACAUCAAUACCGUUUUCAGCAGUUCACCGCUUGCCCCGGUGCCCAGUUACAACUCUGGGAUGUUUGAUAUCCUGGUUAUGAGCACAGUGAUUCAUUUAGGAUGAAAAUUUGGAUUUUGUGUUGCUUUGACCCACCGAUAGCGAGUAGCGACGGUGAACCUUUGUAUUCAGUUGAUAGUCUCGUUUGAUAUCCAUUAAUACAACUGGGAACUGAGCACUUUAUUUUGUGAAUUUUAAGGCUGUGUUCCACUUAAAAAUCCCCCCAUCCUACACUUACCCCUGGAACUUAUUGAACUAUUGUUAGGCAAUCAGACUUCAGAAUUAUCCCAGUGCCAAAAACUUCGUCCGGAUCUUGCCUCAUAUAUUGUGUCGGGCAAAACAAAGAUACAGUUAUGGGAGCUGCUAACCUCUCAUUCAGAAUAUAAUGGUUAACAAUUGCCCAUUUAUUGACUGUAUAAUUAAGGAAUGUCGAGUGGAUGUCUCCCCCCAUCAAUUGGGUCUAUGAAUGGAGUAUCCAAUUUCUAGAGACUAAUGUGUUAUUUCAUAUCAAACGGUUCAAGUGCCAGCUAAAAUCAAGUUUCAAUGAAUAGACUCAUUAUUUUUUAUAGCAGGAGUGUCAUAAUAUUGCUUUAUGCUGUUAAAGUGGAUAUGGUUAACUUGGGCUGGUUAUGGAGUCAACACGGCUAAGAGAACUGUUUAUUCUAGCAGGUUAACCAGGAAGAAGCAGACACACUCUUUUUUUUCACUUGUUUCUUAAAAGCUUUGCGAUAACCACC